UGCGGGACUGGGGCGGUGGGAGCGGAGCGGAGCGGAGGAGGCAGCAUGGAGCAGGGGCUCUCUGUCUUUGGGGACCCCAAGGUGGAGCUUCAUGUCCACCUGGAUGGAGCCAUUAGACCAGAGACAAUCUUGCACUAUGGCAGGAAAAGAGGGGUUCCUCUCCCUGGCAACACCGUGGAUGACCUCCUGAAGCACGUCAGUUACAAAACCCCUCUGACGCUCACCAAGUUUCUGGAGAAGUUCAACCACUACAUGCCUGCCAUUGCGGGUGACCGGGAGGCGGUGCGCAGGAUCGCCUACGAGCUGGUGGAGACCAAGGCCAAGGAAGGCAUUGUCUAUGUGGAGGUCCGGUACAGCCCUCACCUCCUGGCCAACUGCCGCGUGGACCCCAUCCCAUGGGGCCAAGCUGAGGGAGACCUCUCUCCAGAUGAAGUGGUUAACCUCGUAAAUCAGGGCCUGCAGGAUGGAGAAAGAGAUUUCCACAUCAAAGCCAGGUCUAUUCUAUGCUGCAUGCGCCAUAUGCCAAGCUGGUCUCCAGAGGUGGUGGAGCUCUGCAAGAAGUAUUGGAACAACUCCGUGGUGGCCAUCGACCUGGCUGGGGAUGAGUGCCUGAAGGUGGAGAACUCCUCCGAGCACAAGAAGGCCUACGAGGAGGCGGCGCGGUGUGGGAUCCACCGCACGGUGCACGCGGGCGAGGCUGGCCCGGCCGCCAUGGUCAAGGAGGCAGUUUACCUCCUGAAGGCCGAGCGCAUUGGCCAUGGCUACCAUGUGCUGGAGGACCCUGAGCUCUACAAGGAGCUGUUGAAAGCUAAGAUGCAUUUUGAGGUCUGCCCCUGGUCCAGUUAUCUGACUGGAGCAUGUCUUCCAGACUUCAGGAAACACCCAGCAGUGCAGUUCAGGAAGGAUCAAGCUAACUUUUCUAUAAACACAGACGACCCCCUGAUCUUUAACUCCAGCAUUGACAAGGACUACAGCAUUGUGAAGGACUACAUGGGCUUCACUGAAGAGGAGUUCAGGAGAGUGAACCUCAAUGCAGCUCAGUCCAGCUUCUUACCUGAGAAGGAAAAGCGGGAGCUGCUCAGGACGCUGUAUGAAGCCUAUGGGAUGGUCCCCAACACAUCCUGACCCGUUCCUGGAGCCAGCCUGGAGCCGUGGCCCCUUCUGCCUGUGGGUGACUCUCCUCUGUGCUAUGGGAGCACCAGGAGAAGGUGCCUGAAGUCAGUCUCUCUUCCUGGCAGCCCUGCAUUAACCCUGACAGUGCUGAGCAGAAUCAGGAUAUCACAUUGCCUGCCUGUCAAUCACUCCUCCCAAACUCUCUCCCAAAUGGAUCUCCAACUUCCUAUCUUGCUGUGGUGCACACAGACUACAGCUGCCUCCUGGCCUGACUCCCUUCUCCAUCUGCCAGUCUUUCUGUACUGCAAGUGAGAACAGAAGAACCUCUCCUGCUUCUUUUCCCUCUCUUCCCUAGCUUUAUCUGCCCUGCCUCACCGAUCUGCCUCGUCUGCAGUGCAGAAAUAGUCACCUCUAGCUGUGACUGUGGCCCGUGUUCAUCUCCACCUUCCUAGGGCAAAGGUGUGUGAGUGCUGACAGGGGCUGAGCAGGCACCUCACAAACGGAGCCUUUAUUCCCGUCCCUGGGCUACAGCUGUAUUUACCCAGGGUUAGUCUUGUGCUAACAUGCCUGAAACAAUAACAAGCUGGCAGCUGGUGCCCUGCCCGUGCACAGCUCUGAAGGGCAGCUUCAAGCACCCCUUUUUGGCCUCUGCUGGACAAGGACUCUGGGUAUCAGCCCACCAGCACCACUGCCACAGGAGCACACACCCUGGGCUUGGGCUCCAGCUGUGCUUGCAGCUGCCCAUGCCAGUGCUGCCACAUGCAUAGCAAGCUGCAAUGUAUUUGUAUCAUCUGGGGCCAAAGUCUGCUUUCUGGGACUUUUCCUGGUUUGCUUUGGUCUUCAUCCGGGAGAGUUGCUGUGAAGUGCAGUUUGCUCUUCCUCUGUCUCUGUCCAGGGCUUGGGGGAUUCAGGGUCAGUUGCUUUUGAACCACUCUGCCCUCCUUCUGCUUCAAGCUAAUCUUUAAGCACCAUGAGAACCGACUAAAGACAUUAACUGGUUAGAGCCCAGUGCCACACGGUGGCCCAGGACCCGUCUGAAUGGCUUCUCUCACUCAACCACAGCACUGGCUAGAAGUCAGACCUUCAGUCUGGAGAACUGAUAAACGAUUCACCAAAGUUCCUGAGUGCUUUGGUGCUUUAUCACACUUUGCCUGCUCUGCCACAGAGCUGUGCAGCUGGAGCAGAGACUCUCCUUCCCUUGUGUGUGUGGUGUGUUCAGCAUCCCAGGUGUCUGCCAAAAUGCUUCCUCCAAAGAUACUGCACCAAAAAGCUGCCUUUGUGGGGGGGCCGUGGUCACCAUGGUCACAGCUGGUCCAGCCUCAGGCAGUGACUGCUGGCAGCUUUUCCCUUCUCUCUGGGCUUCCACAGUUGUUGCUGAUGCUCAUCUCUAGAGCCCCUGGUGCACCCAGCUGGCAGGUGGAUGUAAGAGAUUGAUUUUCCUACUUUCAUAAAGCAGCAUUUUGAAGAAGGUGAUUGCAGUAAGAACCAGGCUUUCUUGGGUGAUUUCUCUCCACAGAAUGGUUUGUGAAGAAGAGUUGCUUUGUUUGGAUUCUGGACAGUUGAUUGUUGAUCCUGUUUAAUAAAGUGACAGAUUUCUAUUGGCAGGUAAA